CGGAACUUCUGUAAAAAACUCAAACAUCGGAGCAAAUUUAUCUGCCUCGGGUGGAUUUAGCAGCGGCGUUUCACUCAUGGCGGCCUCUCUUUCCUUAAAUCUCAACUUCAUUUUGCGGCUACCGUCAACAACCGCCCGCCCAGCGACCUCCGCCACCUCUAGAGGCUACAUUCCGGUUCGAUGUGGGAACGGACCACGGAGCAACCGGGGACCGCUAUACAAAGGCCGAAUUCUCAGCACUGAGGCGAUCCAAGCCAUCCAUGCUUUAAAGCGUGCCCAGAAAAGAAACCCUUCCUCCAUCGACACCUCCAUCGUUUCUUCUACACUUUCCCGCCUCCUUAAGCCUGACCUUCUCGCCGCUUUCAAAGAGCUUAUCCGCCAAGACAACUGCGAUUUGGCUCUCAAACUCUUCUCCGCCCUUCGACUGGAAUACGACGCGCCGGAAUUGAACCUGUACGCCGAAAUAGCUGCCGCUUGUGCCAGCAAGGGCUUGACGGAAGAAAUCGACCGCUUGAUUUGCGACUUGGAAAAUGAGGGUGCGAUUCAGCUUGAUGCCUCCAAUACCAAGGGGCUGGUGAAGUUGGUCAAGGCCUUGAUUGCUGCUGGGAGAGCGGAGGGGACGGUUAGGGUUUAUCAGCUCCUUAAGAGGAGUGGUGCUGAAUUAGAUGAUUAUCUGGCUGCAGUUUUGAGAAAGGGGUUGAGGAGUUUCGGGAAGGAGAAGGAAGCGGCUGAGCUUGAUUUGGCAUUAGACAGAUCUUCCAGGGGUAUUUUGGUCAACCCAGAAGUUUAAACAUGCUAGCCGUGUAGAUGAAAUCCAGAAAAUAGUCCAACUGUGUAAAAAGCUUUUGAGAAAGAAUGAAUGUUUAUAUCAACUGUGUAUUAUUUCGAACUUGGAUGAAAGUUCUGUGGUUAUCAGGCAGAUGCAGAAGGUCUUGGCUUUACAAUGUCAACCAUGUUAUAUCUUGAUAUGGUGCUUUUCUCUAACAAUUGGAUGAAGUAUUAGUACAUCGAACGGAGGAACUUAAAAAAAACUUGAACAUCAAAUUAUUUUCUUUUGUUACACCAUUUGCAUCAGCCAGGAGUGUGGUUUGAUUGAGGACUUGAGGUAGAACUUCAUAUUGUACAUGUUUGAUACGGUAAGAACUCUGACACAGUUCUCUCUUAUGGACAUUCAAACUUCGUAUUUUUAAUCACGUAUGCUGUUAGGUGUGAGUGUGUGACUAUGUGAAAGAUGCCUGGACGACAUCUGGUACAGGAUGUAGCCUCCCCCUCCCCCAAUUGCUGUAAAAGUGCUGCUUUGGGCCAUGAAAGAUUACUUAGGAAACAGUUACUCCUCUAAAGCUUAUAGAUUUAUAUCCUUUUUAGAGAAGGUAAAAAGAACAUGUUCUGCAUUGUGGCGUUUAAUCUUAUAUUCUUAUACACUUGUUGAAGUGUCAAACCUAUGCAAAGCUAUAUUGCAGGACAUCAAGAGUUUUAGACUUGUUAAAAAUUACAAAAAGCGAGCUUAUGCCCCAAAACCCAGGUGAGCGGUGGCUUUGCGCAUAGCUUUUACAAACCGACCAGGGGUUAGAAAGCUCUGGUUUUCCAUCUCUUUUUCAUUCAGAGCUUAAGCACAAAUGCGACGCUUUUGUAGUUUGUAUGCUUCCACAAAAAGCAGACAUUUGACUGAUUGCAAACUGGUCUUCUGCUAGCUUCUCUGUUGACGUUUCCACUCCAGGCAGAUUAUUAAAUGAUUUAUGAACUUCUUCUUGCAUUCUUGGUUCAAUGGAUCAGCAGUCACAUGAUGAGUGGCACCAGAAUCUGGGAAUCAAGUUUGAGGUUGUGGAGGUAGUCCUAGAAUGGAAGGAGUUGCAGAUACCCAGGCAGCAGUGGGAGAUGAGUUGUAGGUAUUCUGAGAGACUGAUUGUUGUGUAUUAGGAUUGUAGGUUUGUAGUGGUGCAGGACUGUAGGAUUGCUGAGGCCAGUUGAAGAUAUGUGGAUUAGAAUUUGAGGUGUUAGGAGGAUUUGGAGUGUAAACUGUUGGGGUUGAAUGAUAGGGCUGAAAAGUGUGAGGAUAGGUUGUUGGAGUUGAAGAAUAGAGAUGAGGAUUUGUAGAAGCAGGAUUUGAGGCAUGUUAAUUAUCGACAACCAUAUGUAGAGUCAAACGGUGUUAUAGAAACUGCUCAGAUUCUUUAUCAGUGGAACACGAAAUAUCAACUUGUCACUGUUGCUGCUGCUCCCAUACUUAGGUGUGUUGCUGCUGCUCCCCCACUCUACAGUCAAAUGCAAAGACAAAUACAAAGAUGUUGAAGCGUAUAACAGAGGAGUGUGGAUUUUUUGUUUUUGCUGCUGCCCCAAUCUUACAACUAAAGGCAAAGACAAAGUAGAUGAAGCAGAAUCUGGAUUUGUUUAAUGACAAUUGACAAGUAUCCAAUUAGUUUAUGUAAUUUACACAAGCAAUGGUUUAUAAGUAUAUUAGUAUAGCAGUAUGAUGGGUGGAUGUAAUUUUUGUAGUUUACAUACUCGGUGAUGAUUUUAACUUACUUGUAUAGUAAGGUGUACUUAAAAUCUAUUAUGGCUUGAGUUUCUAUUAAUAUUUCACUAAGCAUUGUUGAA